CAAUCGCUGGCUACAUUCGCCGGUGGUUCUCCAGAUCCACCAAUGAUGUCAACGCGCUUUGGCGAAGGCGGGACUUCCGGUUGCUCGUAUAAACUAACUGAGGCCUUCCCAUGCGGUUUUGAUUUGUAACUGGACGCGUAGCUUACACCGUAAAGUUUUAGACACAAUGGCCGAGAACGAUGUUGAUAACGAGCUGCUGGACUAUGAAGAGGAUGAAGAGCCUCAAGGAGCCCCUGAGAGUGAGGCGCCGGCAGGCAAGAAGGAGGUGAAGGGUUCCUACGUUUCCAUCCACAGUUCGGGCUUCAGAGAUUUUCUGCUCAAACCAGAGCUGCUCCGUGCCAUCAUCGAUUGUGGUUUUGAGCAUCCGUCUGAAGUCCAGCAUGAAUGCAUCCCGCAAGCUAUCCUGGGCAUGGACAUCCUGUGCCAAGCCAAAUCUGGUAUGGGCAAGACGGCUGUGUUUGUACUGGCCACACUGCAGCAGAUUGAACCUGUUGAUGGACAGGUGUCUGUAUUAGUCAUGUGCCACACACGAGAGCUGGCCUUCCAGAUCAGUAAAGAGUACGAGCGGUUCUCCAAGUACAUGCCCACGGUAAAGGCAGCAGUAUUCUUUGGUGGCAUGGCCAUCAAGAAGGACGAGGAGGUCUUGAAGAAGAACUGUCCUCACAUUGUCGUCGGAACGCCAGGCCGCAUCCUCGCUCUCAUCCGGAACAAGACCCUCACUCUGAAGAACGUUAAGCACUUUGUCCUGGAUGAGUGUGACAAAAUGUUGGAGCAGCUAGAUAUGAGGCGUGACGUACAGGACAUCUUCAGGAAUACACCUCAUGAGAAGCAGGUCAUGAUGUUCAGUGCGACACUGAGUAAGGAGAUCCGGCCAGUCUGCCGCAAGUUCAUGCAGGAUCCCAUGGAAGUAUUUGUGGAUGACGAAACCAAACUUACACUCCACGGCCUGCAACAGUACUACUCCAAGCUGAAGGAUUGCGAAAAGAACCGCAAGCUCUUUGACCUGCUGGACGUUCUGGAGUUCAACCAGGUGGUGAUCUUUGUCAAGUCAGUCACGCGCUGUGUCGCCCUGGCCCAGCUCCUGCUGGAUCAAAACUUUCCUGCCAUUGCCAUCCACAGGGGAAUGGCUCAGGAGGAGAGGCUGUCUCGCUAUCAGCAAUUCAAGGACUUCCAAAGGCGGAUCCUGGUGGCCACUAACCUCUUCGGCCGAGGCAUGGACAUUGAGCGGGUCAAUAUCGUCUUCAACUACGACAUGCCAGAAGAUUCUGACACCUAUCUGCACAGGGUUGCCCGUGCUGGUAGGUUUGGGACCAAAGGCCUGGCUAUAACCUUUGUGUCAGACGAGACUGAUGCCAAGACUCUGAACAAUGUGCAGGACCGCUUUGAGGUCAAUGUGGCCGAGCUGCCGGACGAGAUUGACAUCUCCUCUUACAUCGAGCAGUCCAGAUGAGUCCUCCAGCCAAGCAGAAGUCUCCUCUCCAUGGAUCUUGUAUUUGGAAGUAGAAGUACUUAACUGUUUUGAGCCCUGCUCGUUCCCUGUGUUCACCAAACAUUUAUUUUAUUGUCAGUUUUUGGGGGUGGGGGGGUAUGGUCGUUUUUUUUUGUUUUUUUUAAAUUUGUCUUUUACUGUGUUUUGGGUUUUUUUGCUUGAUGAAAUUAAAACUUUUUAUAAAAUGCCAUUUUUACUAUUGUGGUCUCUUGUAAGGUUUUUUUCCUACCCAAUUUUCAUUGAUUUCAAUCUCAAGCAGAGCUUCAGGGGAACGUAGGAAAGUAGUUCUGAGGAACAUGUAAAAGUGAUUUUUAGCCCUUUUUUUUUUUUUUAAUUUUAUUUUAAAUGUUCAUGCUAGUUUGUAGAAGAACAUGUCCCCACCCACCCCACUGAGUUGAACUUUAUAAAGUAAUCAAGUAAGCAUGUGGUGAGUUAAGUACAACAGUUUUAGCUCAUGUGGCAGCUGUUUCUUUGAAUUUCCAAUAAAUGAAGUCACCAAGUGGAGUCUUAGUGGUGAAUUUGCCAAUUCUAAGUAUGUCACUAGCACACUGUAUAAUGAAACAAUUGAUGGUUAUGUAUCUGUUUUGAGGUUUUAAAAAAUAUUUCACCCAACUACAA